ACACGUUUAGAUACGGGUUUAGUUCACAUCUGAAUAGUAAUCCUAACUUUAACGUAAAAGUAAGACUCUUUUAAUUAUCUACAAUUUUUAACAAACAAUUCGUAUCAAAUUGCUAUUAUUUUUGUAAUAAUGGAAACAACUGAUCGUGACAGUGAUGUGCGAAAAUGGUUAACAGUUGCUCUAGCAGAUGAAAAUCUUGAAAAUUUUUCACUCGAUAUAAUUGGAAGUUCUGAAAAAGGUGACGGGUACUCGGGAGACAUAAUUUUCGUUUUUGUAACAGCAACUGACAAACAAGGCAACCACAAAGAAUACAAUCUUGUUUUAAAAUGCAGCAAAUCCAGUGCUGCUUUAUUAGAAAAUAUACCUACUUUCAGACUAAUAUUUGUUAAAGAAGCUUACAUGUAUCAAAAUGUUUUUCCCAUUUUCAACGAGUUUCAAGUCAGUAGAGGGAUUGAAAAACCCUUCAACAGCGUGCCCAAAUGUUACGGCGUUUAUAGUGACGAGUUCAGAUAUGUUAUUGUAUUGGAAAAUUUGAAGAAAUUAGGAUACGACUUGUGGCCAAAAGCAAAACCACUAUCAAGAGAAGUUAUCAACAUUGUAGUAAAAGACUACGCAAAAUUUCAUGCAACUUCAGUGGCUUUGGCAGAGCAAAAUCCUGAAAAAUUUCAAAAAUUGCUCGAAGGUUCACCUGAAGAUAUAACGAAAGAAGCAUUUAAGUCAUCUGGAUUUGAAAAUAUCUUUAAAAAUGCUGUAGAAAAUGUACAUGAGUUGCUAACAAACGAUGUGAAAAACGACAUUUUAGAGAAAUGGUUAAAACUUAAAGAUCAAGUGUAUUUUAUUUUUGGUGAAAUGGCACCAGAUUUUGACGAUUUAAAAGUGAUAAGCCAUGGAGAUUGCUGGGUGAACAAUUUUUUGUACAAAUUUGAGAAUGAAGAGAAAACGAACGUUUCAAAGGUUGCAUUUUUGGACUGGCAAAUGUCUAAAUUCACAUCACCUGUGACUGAUCUGUCAUAUUUUUUGUUUGCUGGUAUAUCAGAUGAAGAUAUUGCCGACAUCGACAGUAUUUUGAGAGAUUAUCAUAAACACCUUUGCGAGUAUUUAAGAAGACUUGAUAGCAAGGUUGCAGAUAAAUAUCCUGUAGAAAAAUUUUUUGAUGAAUGGAAGAAGUACAGUAAAUUUGGUCUAUUGUUUUGUAUUGUGCCAAUCCAGUCUUUAUAUACCGAAAAAGAAGAUCUUCCAGAUUUUACUGAAGCUGCAGACAAAGGAAAAGACAUUAUGGAAUCGUUUACAUUUGAAGUCAAAAAUAAAAGUGGUUUCAAAAAUAGGUUGAGACCAAUUGUUGAAUAUGCUUUUAAUAAUAAUCUAAUUUAA